AUGGAUCGUGUUUCUGAAUUGUGUUUAUUUGAUAAUAACAACAACAAUAAGGCGAAUCAUGUUUUGGUGAAUGAAUAUGAACCAGGACAAGGUAUAUUUCCUCAUCAUGAUGGACCACUUUACUAUCCUGUUGUUGCUACAAUCAAUCUGAAUUCUUAUGGAAUUCUGGACUUUUAUGAGCCGUUGGAUACUUCUGCAGACCCACAAACAAAAUCGACGUUAUUUAAUGAUCGUUAUAUUGGCUCAGUUUAUUUGAAACCUCGUAGCUUAAAUAUUGUUACUGAAAAAAUGUAUACACAUUAUAUGCAUGGGAUUACUGAACGUACAACUGACUUAUUAAUAAAUUAUGAAGACUGUUUGAAACGUCCUGAGGAAUCGGUUGAAAAUGCUGCUGUUAUUCAUAAUUGGACUGCUAGCGAUUCGGGAAGUAUUCACUCACAGUUAUGUCAUCGUGGUAAACGUGUUUCAGUAACUAUACGCUAUGUGCCCAAUGUGAGUAAGAUCAACUGGAAUAAUUUAUUAUGCAGAAGUUAA